AAAUUGGAGUGUAUCAUAUAAUUCCUUUGAAGAAGCUCUUCUCACAUUAAGCAAUAAUGUUUACAGAAUGCUCCAAAACUGUACAAUCCAUGCAUAUGCUGUAUGGAACAAAAUAUUAUGCGAUGCUCUGAAUGGUCAUAAAUGAAUUGAUCAUUCAUACAGUCUGGAAUAAACAGUAACUCAAGCUUUCAUAUCAUUUUAUGGAGGCCUUGCAUAGCCAGUUGACCACAGGGGAGCAAUCUGGAGGUUUAGAAAAGCAGAAUGAGACUCCAGCGGACAGCCCCCAGCCACAUUCAGUCCCACAGUAUCAUGAACAGAACAAGGUUGUCACCCAGCAGCAGCAUGCACAACAGCAUGCACAACAGCAUCUCAAUAUUGAGAGAAAACGUCUCAGAUUGCAGAGGAAAACUGCUCGGGAGACAGAGACUGUUGAAGACGAAACGUCACCGAGAAGUUCUAAAUGUCUUGACACUAACAUGAGGCAGCCUAGUGAAAUGCCAUCUGGAGCUGCACCAUCCUGUUCCACGGAUGAGGCCCUGGAAGGUACACCUAGCCAGAAACGUGAGCGUAAACCUCAAAAGCCCGGAAAGUAUGUGUGCUCAUACUGUGGUCGUGCUUGUGCUAAGCCCAGUGUGCUUCAGAAACAUAUUCGAUCCCACACUGGAGAGAGACCUUACCCCUGUGUACCAUGUGGGUUCUCCUUCAAGACUAAAAGUAACCUUUACAAGCACAGAAAGUCCCACACUCAUAGGGUGAAAGCUGGUCUGACUGCAGAAACGGAGGGACCAGGUAUAAGUUGUUCAGAGGAGCCAGAAUCAGAUGAAGAAAGCCAACCAUCUUCCUUUUUAGAAAAACAAACAAUGUCCAUUGAAAAGUCAAAUGUCACAGAAAAGGGCUCUGAGGGACAGUUACAAGGUAUAGAAGACUCCCAUGCAGUUAAAAAGAGACUUGCAAUGAGACUUAGCAGAGGAAGACGAACACCUAUAGGAUCGUCUGAUGAAGCGUCCUCAUCGUUUGGUCUAAGUAACAAAGGUAGCACAGAGUCUGGCUAUUUCUCUCGAUCUGAGAGCACAGAAGUCUCUCAAGAUAGUCCACCAAACACAAGUGCCAAAAGCUAUGCAGAGGUCAUACUUGGAAAGUUUGGUCGCCUUGGUCAUUUACAAAGGACUGCUCAUGAACAACAUGGCAAUCCUGCUGGGCAAGAAGGGAAAAGAAUUCCAUUCACUGUGCCUAAAAAGCAAGUUAUUGACCACAUAACUAAACUCAUUACCAUCAAUGAGGCUGUGGUAGACACCAGUAAGAUUGACAGUGUCAAACCCAGAAGGUUCUCACUCUCUAGGAAAAUCAGCACAGAAGUGAAGCCAACCUCUUCUAAAGAGUCCUUUCUUCACAGUCCAAAAGAAAUAGAUCUGAGUGCAAAGAGCAGUGGUUCCAUUACUCUUGGUGUACCUUGUGAGAAAUUUCAGCACCAUUCUCUUAGUAUCCAGCAAGCUGACCCGACCACCACUGCUCCUCUUCUAAGAAGUCACUCUAUGCCCUCAGAUGCAGGUGUUAGUGAUGUGUCUGAAACUUCUCGUAGCCUUCGCCUUAGCCAAUCCUUUGAUGACCAGCAGCCAGUUCAGAAUCGGCGUCACGGUAUGCUAAGACGGCAGCCUGCCAUUGAAUUGCCCAUAGGUGCUGAAAUGACCAUGGGGGAACAAUGCUAUUCCAGCUCACCAUUCCAUCCCUCAGUUUCUACAGUGCCUAAUCCCAGCCUGAAACAAGAGCCAUUUGAGUGUGAUGCAUGUGGUAUAGUUUUUACUGACUGGGAGAGAUAUCAAACACACAAACAGCACUGCUGCACGCUUCACAUUUCUCAACAAACUGAAAGUCAAGUCUAUCAAGUGGAAGAACCCACAAGAACACACACAACUCGUCCUGGUGCUUUUGCAUUUAGAAAAAGAAGGAAAGAACAGAGUAUUGAACAUGAAGAUCCUUCUUUACCCUCUGUUUCUUAUAUACCACUGAAAGGUUAUAAACCAUCUUGUGAACAGCCUGUUAAAGGGACCACUCAAGAACAUGGUACAGAAGGUGCUUUGCAAGGAAUAUCUGUCAUACAGCAUACUAGUUCAUUUGAGAAACAUGAUAGUGCUUUAAAAACCCCUGGACCAGAUGAGGUCUCUCACUCUCAUGAUGUCUCUCACUGUUCUCCUUACUCACAAUCAAAGCAGCAGGCAAGUAAACCAUCCUUCCGUAAACUUGUACGUCAACACAAUGUCCAAGUGCCAGAAAUCCUGGUCACUGAAGAUUCAAACACCAACACCAUGGCAGCAUCACCCCCUCCAACUGUCCCCAAAACAAAGGACGUUGAGAAAGUCAGCGAGUUCCAAUGGCCCCAAAGAAGUCCAACUUUGGCCCAACUUCCAAUUGAGAAGUUGCCACCUAAAAAGAAACGUCUUCGUCUCGCAGAAGCUGCCCAGUCAUCAGGGGACUCAAGCUUUGAAUCAAUGUCCCUGCCUCACAGUCCAAGUCAGGACAGUUGUGUGUCUCAUACCUCCAGUCGAUCAACUUCAUUUGAAGAGGCUUGCAAAGGUGAUGCAGACACGACGCCAACUAGGAGAUCAAGAACCACUCAUACUUUGACAAUUCCCACAAAUUCUCACCGAGAAAUGAGGCGCUCUGCAUCUGAGCAGGCGUCCCAUGUUCCUCAACAUGCUAACCUUAUUACGGAAACUCGCAGUAAGUCAUUUGACUACAGUAGUUUGUCUCCAGAUCGAACCCCUGCAGGAUGGAGAGCAAGGCGGAAAUGCCUUCUAAUGAGGCAUAGUGCAGUGAGGGAACCUGAGGAGGAAGACCAAUCUUCUAAAGCCAUCAACACUAGAUCUCCCACUCGAAGGACUAAUACAUCGCCUAGCUAUAGCCCAGGCACCUCCUACAGUCCAACCACCACCCAUCUUGUGACUUUAAGCAAUACUGAACACUCAUUUGGUGAUAAGCAGGUCAUGCAAUCACAGCAUGUUUUAUCAGAGAAUACCCAGCAGAAUGCAUUGCAGUUGACCCCAAUGAUUCACAAUGAUCAGCCCACAACAGUGGGAAGUCUUCUUUGUCCAUCAGGUGCUGCCAGAGCUCAUUAUUCUUCAAUGUCGACAGGACUUAAGCUUGAAAUUCCAGUGGAGAAUGAACUGGUGAAUUCUGAUACAAGGGUCAACCAACCAUACCUCACUCAUUAUCGCCAUCAGAAUCUUGGUUUUGAUGUUACUUCAAACCCAGAACCACUGAGACCUUUACCAGCCCAGAGAAUUCCAGUCCGUCUUAAUUCACACCUUCCUCAUUAUGCAGGCUCAAUUUACACUACAGUUUCACAAACAUUUACCGAAAGGCCUCAGGAACCUUGCUGCUCUGGAGUCAGUUCGGUUGCAGUGGCUUCGAAGUUUGAAAUCAUAGACCAACAACCAAUAUCUGAUGGCUCCAAAUCAGUAAGUGCUGGCGCAACCAAACGUGUGCUGUCCCCCACGAGCAGUGAAGAGCUCAUCCCAGAAAGUGAGCAACAACAAAAACGAGUGAAAGAGGAGGACGACAAUCAGGAAAAUGAAAGUGGAAUUGAUAAAGUUUUGAUCGAAUGCAAGAAGGAAGAAAUACUUGGUGAGCAAAGUGUCAUCUUCCCUAUAGAACACAAAGAACCAUCAUUUCCAACUCUUAACACUAACCUUAAUUUUAGCUGGUGCUAUCUAAACUACUUGAAGCCCAAUCCAUCCAUACAGAGUGAACAACAAAACUCAGUCUAUUCUUCAUGGUGUACAAGUACCCGCAACCCAUACCCUCCUGGCCUGACAAGCAAGGACAUGCUAGCCCUGUUGCACUGCAGGCAGAGACAUGCAGGACUCAUCUACACCACGGCGGCCCUAUCACCCUCGCUGGACAGGAAACAAGAAACACCUGACUCCCAAAAGCCUAACGUGACUGAGGUACAUGCCACCCAGCCCACAGAACCGAAAGAAACCCAGCAAGCUGAGUUGACAGAGGUAGAAGAGAAAACAUCGGAGGAGAAGGAGGAUCAACUAUCUACCUCCAAAUACAGCUCACGGGUUCAGAUUUGUGAGGGAGGCUACAGGUCGAGUGAAGAGUAUGUGUACGUCCGGGGCCGCGGGAGGGGCCGAUAUGUAUGUGAAGAGUGUGGAAUACGCUGUAAGAAACCCAGCAUGCUGCGCAAACACAUACGACUGCACACGGACGCUCGGCCCUACGUCUGCCAGCACUGCAACUUCGCCUUCAAAACCAAAGGGAAUCUAACUAAACAUAUGAAGUCAAAGGCUCAUGGGAAGAGAUGUCCAGAGGGAACUGCUCCAGGACCAGUCCAGUGUGAGCUUGAGACAGAUGAGGGAGUAUUAGCCCUGUCCCCCAUACAACCUGCAUCUCCCAGUUGUCCUCUUGCACUGACCGUCGGGGCCAGUGUGACUAUUCAGUACCAAGCCGAUAAACCCAGAGAUUCAACAAAAGCCUCACCCAGCAGACUACACCUCAAGACCAAACUGGAGAAGACACACAGUCCUCAGCGAAGAACCAGCAUGACACAGUCUUGGCCUCCGGCACAGGGGUGUCUCUCCAGGAACAUGCAGCCCAGGGAAGGCCAGCGAGUGUUAAGUCACCUGCCCCUGCACUCGCAGCCCCAGGUGAUGAUUCCCAGCCUCAGCCUCACCAUUCCCAUCGGCGGCAUCCAGAUGGUGCAGCCACGCUCCAAUAUGCUGCUCCGCAGCGCAUCUCUGAACCACAGCGUGGCCCAGAUGACGGUCACCGUGCUGACGAAGGAGAAAGGGGCCGAUGGGAGUCCUGCGGGCGAAGUUCCUCAUCGCAGAAAUCAGCUGAUAGUGUUCACGGAGCCUGCGGUGGAGAUGAGCUCUAAGAGCGACGCUUCCUCCGAUGAAGACAAGGAGCAGAUCCGGGGAGUGGUUCAGGCAGAGCUCGUAUCAAAAAAGAGGGAGGUUCCCAGUGUUCCCAUGACCACCUGGAAGAGCAUCUCUCAAAGAAACAACAGAAAGCAUUCUCGAAGUCCCAAGAAAGCUCAGCCGGUGGACGCUUCAAGAACAUCCAUUUGUUGAAGGAAAAGUUCAGCCAAAAAUGAAAAUGUUGUCAUGAUUUAUGCACACAUUUGUCAUUUCAAACCUGCGUGUUAGGCACAAUGAUCAGUUUUGCUCUUUCAACACAAAAGCUUUUGGUAUUGGCCAACAGGGUUGGAAAUUAAUGGGAGCUUGGGGCAAAAUACAACCAAAAGGAACAAAAAUGCCCCCAAAUUCAAAAUAAGGGGGCAAAAACCGCCCCUGCACAAUGAAACUAGUGAAGUACGCCCAUCUAAUCUUCCAAUUUAUAUUCGAGUAUAAAUACUGCCUCCAUUGUUAGUUCUUUCGGCAUCCCUCCUCCUCCCCAUCUCCACCUUUUAUGCAUAUUUAUUUAUUUAUCUUUCUGUCUAUAGGGGGGCUAUCGGAGCUCGAGUAGAAUAGUCUCUCUGAGCCCUCCAUUGCAGACAUCAAGCCAAAUCUGUUUACCGCUAAUGCUAAGAUUAUAUGGGCCCACGAACUCGUGAAACUAUAUUAUGGCUGUAAUGUGAAAAUGAAUGAAAAGUGUUGAUUUUGGCAUUACGUUUAGCUCUCAUAUUGCAUCAGAUUUCUUCUGUGUUUUUUUGCAGAAUUGAGCAUCAUAACCAAUCACACAUUUCUGUUGAGCUUAUGAAUGCAAUCACCAAUCAGAGGUGUUCAGAUUGGCUUAGAUUAGAUUUUGUUCAGUGUUCACAUUCACGGUAACA